CUUGCAACAACCCAGUCCUGCUUCUAACCAUGUCAGUCCCCUGUUCCCACUUGCUGCACCUAUCCUGCCUUUUACCCUGUAAAGAAGCCCUCUGUAGCAACUGCUCUCUCCUUUGUUCCAUCCUCUGGCUCUUCCCUGUCUUCAGCUGCUCCAUCCAUUUACAAACCUGCACUUACUUACAGUACUCCGGUAACUAAAACCAGGAAAAGGCGAAAAUUCUUUCCAACCAAUACCAUCCUGCCAGUAUCCAAACUGGUCAGCCUGCCAUCUGAGAACCCGCCUUCCGUGGUGCAGCCUGGUGCCUCGGCGCCGACAAUUCAGCCUGAUGCCCUUACCCAGCCCCUUAGCCUGAUGCCCUUACCCAGCCUGAUGUCUCCACCCAGCCUGAUGUCUCCACCCAGCCUGAUGAACUGAUCCAGCCUGAUGAUCCUAUUAUGCCAGUUGACUCGAUGCCCGCAGUCUUGCCAGACGAUUCGAUGCCCGCAGUCUUGCCAGAUGACUCGAUGCCCGCAGUCUUGCCAGACGACUCGGUGCCCGCAGUCUUGCCAGACGACUCGGUGACCGCUGUUCCGCCAGUUGACUCAGAGCCCGCUGUCGGGCCGGUUGACUCAGAGCCCGCUGUUGUGACUGGUGACUCGGUGCCCGCGGUCUUGCCAGAUGACUCGGUGCCCGCGGUCUUGCCAGAUGACUCGGUGCCCGCGGUCUUGCCAGAUGACUCGGUGCCCGCGGUCUUGCCAGAUGACUCGGUGCUUGCAGUCUUGCCAGACGAUCCAAUGCCUGAUGACCCAGUGCCCGCUGUCAUACCUGGUGACCCG